CAGCUCACGACUCAUAUCAGUAUGAAGACACUGCUUGAUCUCAUACUCAAUAGAUUGUCGCAGAGAGAGGGAGGAGAGGAGAGGAGAGAGAGAUGUCAAGGCGAUCAGGGACUUGCUUGAGGUGUUGUUUGGUGGUGUUUGCUGUGGUGUCUGCACUUUGUGUAUCUGGGCCAGCUCUGUAUUGGAAGUUCAAGAAAGGGUUAAGGUUGAGAGCCACUUCACUUUCUUGCAGUCCUUGCAUUUGUGAUUGCCCUCCUCCUCUUUCCCUUCUUAAGAUUGCUCCUGACUGUGGAAAAGAUGACCCAGAUCUGAAGAAGGAGAUGGAAAAGCAGUUUGUGGACCUAUUGUCCGAGGAACUGAAGCUACAGGAAAUGGUUAGCGAAGAGCACGUCCACCAUAUGAACAUCACCUUUGGAGAAGCAAGAAGGUUGGCUUCCCAGUACCAACGAGAGGCUGAAAAAUGCAACACUGCCACAGAAACUUGUGAGGCUGCCAGAGAGCGCGCUGAGGCAUUGUUGCUUAGGGAAAGGAAGAUAACUUCCUCGUGGGAGCAAAGAGCCCGUAAACUGGGUUGGGAAGGGGAGUAGAUGUUGCAAGUAAAGUAGUUUUUGUUCUCGAUGUUAUACUUGUCAAUUGAUCCAUCUGCGGAAUUUAUAUACCAACGGGCAAGCAAAUUUGCUCAAGUUGUCAUCCUAGGAAAUUAGACGAUCAUCUCUCUCUCUGUGCUAGGUGUAUCUUUUUUCCUGGAUUCAAUGGCUCGAAUUAAUGAGUCUAAAUAUGAAGCUGUAUGACUUUGUUUUUUUGUCCUUCUG